AUGCAUUCAUCUCUCUUUGUCGUCGGAAUUCUGACAUUAUUAGUCGUACAAAGAGUUGAAUCCACCUAUUAUGUUUAUACGUAUGAUGAUGGUGUUGGUGAUGAUGAAAAUUGCUGUUUAGUACGAUUAGGUGAUGAUUUCUGCUUAGCAAAACCACUUACACAAAGUUUAUUACAAGUAAAUAAAGAAUGCCAACGAUUAAGUGCCGAUCAAAACAAUAAACACUAUUUGAAUAAAAUUGUUCGUCGUUUACCGGUUGAAACAUCACAUAAAGUUGGGGGUAAAAUACUUCUGGAAUUAAAAACACCCUUAGACACAGCGCUACUUAAGAAUGAUCUUGUAUGUUUAUCACCAAACACAAAUAAUAUUAAUUUAGAACAAUGUUUUGUAGAAAUAGUUCAAGAUGCGAACAAGAAGAAAAAACAAAAAGUUCAAAAAGAAGCCAAUGACACAGCAGAACAAGUAGUAGUUGAAGAAACAAAUAAUGACAUCGAUGAAAGUGGACCUAGUCUCCUCAACAUAAAGGAGCCAAUCACAAUUCGUGAAGGUCGCGGUCUUGUGUUUCAUGAUGUAUACGAUCUUAAUCUAACCGAUUUUCGUCCAUCGUCUAGUAAACAACGUGAAUGUUGGUCUUGGUAUCAUUCGCAUACAAAAGAACUUUGUAGUCACCCAAGAAAAUUUGAUAAAACUUGCAUUUCUCUAACUGCUGAACGAGAAAAAUGUAUUCAACAUCUUUUUCAUAAAAAACUCAGUGAAGAAGUGCAAGAAGCAUAUACACCAAAUGUUCUUACCGUUGGCUCGAAAUUAUAUUGUCAAAAUACUAAGAAGCAACCGACACUUCUUGGCUAUCACCGUCGUAGUGAAAUAUGUUUUCGUUCUCACGCACAAAUUUUCAUUCAACAUAAAUUCACUGACUUUGUUAGUUUAUCCGAUAAAAAUAAUAAUCAAGAUGUACUGGAAUUUAUGUCAAAUAGUACAAAAUUAACAAGUGAAUUUGAAAGCGAUUGUAAUGAUAAAACAACAUUAGCUGAUGUUAAGAAAUCAUUAGAAAAAAAAGUGGAAGCAGUCAUCGUUGAUGAUAAUGCAUCACCACAACAAUAA